AUGCCGUCGACACACAAAAAGGAAAAGCCGUGGGAUACGGACGACAUUGAUAAGUGGAAGAUUGAGCAGUUCAAGCCCGAGGACAAUGCCGGCGGCACGUUUGCCGAGGAGUCGUCCUUCAUGACGCUCUUCCCCAAGUACCGCGAAGUGUACCUGAAGGAAGCCUGGCCGCUCAUCACCAAGGCGCUCGAGAAGAACGGCAUCGCCUGCACUCUAGACUUGGUCGAGGGUUCGAUGAUGGUCAAGACGACGCGCAAGACCUUUGACCCUGCCGCCAUCCUCAACGCCCGCGACCUCAUCAAGCUGCUGGCGCGCAGCGUGCCCGCGCCGCAGGCCGUCAAGAUCCUCGACGACGGCGUCGCGUGCGACGUCAUCAAAAUCCGCAACCUCGUCGGCAACAAGGACCGCUUCGUCAAGCGCCGGCAGCGCAUCCUGGGCCCGGACGGCUCCACGCUCAAGGCGCUCGAGCUGCUGACCGAGACGUACAUUCUCGUGCACGGCAACACCGUGUCCGUCAUGGGGCCCUACAAGGGCCUGAAGGAGGUGCGCCGCGUCGUCGAGGACUGCAUGGCCAACAUCCACCCCAUCUACCACAUCAAGGAGCUCAUGAUCAAGCGCGAGCUCGCCAAGGACCCGGAGCUCAAGAACGAGAGCUGGGACCGCUUCCUGCCGAACUUCAAGCGGAAGACGCUGAGCAAGCGCCGCACGCCGUACGCCGUCACCGACAAGACCAAGAAGAACUACACGCCCUUCCCGCCGGCGCCGGAGAAGAGCAAGGUCGACAAGCAGAUUGAGAGCGGCGAGUACUUUUUGGGCAAAGAGGCCAAGCAGCACGCCGCGCGCACGGAGAGGCUCGAGAAGCAAAAGGUGCGCAAGGUGGAAAAGGCAAAGGAGCGCGAGGCCGAGUUUGUGCCGCCCGAGGAGGGCGAGCGGCCCAAGAAGAAGAGAAAGAAGGCCGAGUGA